AACGUCGUCGCCUUCGGUGUUCGAGGGCGCGGGUGGGCGCGCAGCCGUGGUUUGCCUUGGAGGCUCAUGCCCGGGCGUGCUGUCAAGAGCGUUAGCCUCAGAAACCCCGAGCAGCAGCUGGAGCACCCACGCGGCUCAGUGACUGCGAGGACGUGGGGGAAUGGGAGAACCUGCUGGGGCAAAAGAGCGAUCGAACAGGGCCCGAGUGACCCCCCGACACAAGAGUGGGCGAAGCAGCCUGGCUGACGUGCUCCCCGUUGGGCCCAUUCGGGCGAUAGCCAGUCACGUGGGUGUUCACAUGCCCUCCGCCCCUUCGGCGCACCACUCCGCAGAUGUCUCAUUGUGCUGAGGGCGGAUCGUCUUGACCCCGUGUAUAUUGUGCAUGUGUUUUUAAACUUUUGAAACAGAUUUGUAUUUUUUUCUUAUAUAUAUUCUAAUUUAAUAUGUGUGAUUUAACUGUUUGGUAGUUCACCAGCUUUUUUUCGAGACCUCUGCAAUGUGAAAAUAUGUUUAAAACUAGUUUUGUAUUAAGUUAUUGUAAACUGCCUUGAGGUUAUUUUGAUGAAAGGUGGUACAUAAAUCUAACAAUUUAAAUACUGCUUUUAGUAUUUAGAUUGCAUGGUCAAGGGGAGUUCCCCUUCCCACUCUCUUCCCCUGCCCACAAUUGUGUGGUGGCUGGAUGAUAUGCUGGGUCAAAAGGAGACAUAAGCACCGCGUUCUUCUGCAUGUGAUUUGCUGGACCGGUCAAAUCUAUCGUCCGAACCGGCCCCUGCCCUGGCCUCUCCCACAUGUUCAGCAGAAGGCCUGAACCCCUUUAAGAAGUUCAAAUGAUGAGGGAGUGGAGUUGUGGCAGGAUUCACUUCUGACUUGUGCAGCUUCAUUUGAAGGCCUGAAGAGACAAAGGUUUGAAAAGAGUUCUGCGUCCAUAUGAAUGAACAGAGUUCUUGUCUUCCAACAACACUUUAAAUUGCUUAUACUGAUUGACAACAGCAGACAUGAGUGGCUCCAAACCUGAUAUUCUGUGGGCUCCACACCAUGUUGAUAGAUUUGUUGUGUGUGACUCGGAACUCAGCCUCUACCACAUUGAAUCUGCUGUAAGUUCUGAACUCAAAGCAGGAUCACUGCGUUUAUCUGAGGAAACUACAGCUACCCUGUUGUCCAUUAACUCAGACACUCCAUAUAUGAAAUGUGUGGCUUGGUAUCCUAAAUAUGAUCCUGAAUGUCUCCUGGCUGUUGGACAGGCCAAUGGUCGAGUUGUCCUUACUAGUCUUGGCCAAGACCACAACUCAAAGUCAAAGGAUUUGAUAGGGAAAGAAUUUGUUCCAAAACAUGCACGGCAGUGUAACACCCUGGCAUGGAACCCACUGGACAGUAAUUGGCUUGCAGCUGGUCUGGAUAAACAUCGGGCUGAUUUUUCUGUGCUGAUUUGGGACAUCAGUAGCAAAUACACUCCAGAAACUCCAGUUGCUACAGAAAAAGUGAGACUUUCAUCUGGAGAUACAGAAGCAGGACUGGUUGUUACAAAACCACUUUAUGAACUGGGGCAAAAUGAUGCUUGCCUCUCCCUUUCUUGGCUUCCACGAGACCAGAAACUUCUUUUAGCUGGAAUGCACCGGAACCUGGCUAUUUUUGACCUGAGGAAUACAAGCCAAAAAAUGUUUGUGAAUACCAAGGCUGUUCAGGGAGUAACUGUUGAUCCAUACUUCCAUGAUCGUGUGGCUUCCUUCUAUGAAGGUCAGGUUGCCAUAUGGGACCUUAGAAAGUUUGAAAAGCCUGUUUUGACCCUAACAGAACAACCAAAACCCCUAACAAAAGUAGCUUGGUGUCCCACAAGGACUGGAUUGCUAGCUACUUUAACCAGGGAUAGUAAUAUCAUUAGACUCUAUGAUAUGCAGCACACUCCUACUCCUAUAGGAGAUGAAACUGAACCUACAAUCAUUGAAAGGAGUGUGCAGCCCUGUGAACAUUAUAUUGCUUCCUUUGCAUGGCAUCCCACUAAUCAAAAUCGAAUGGUAGUGGUGACUCCAAACAGGACUAUGUCUGACUUUACUGUGUUUGAAAGGAUCUCUCUUGCGUGGAGUCCAGUUACCUCUUUAAUGUGGGCAUGUGGGAGACAUUUAUAUGAAUGCACAGAAGAUGGGAAGGCUAGUUCCUUAGAAAAAGACAUAGCCACCAAAAUGCGUCUCAGGGCUUUAUCCAGGUAUGGCCUUGACACAGAACAGAUCUGGAGAAACCAUAUUCUCGCAGGAAACGAAGACCCACAACUGAAGUCACUUUGGUACACUCUGCACUUUAUGAAGCAGUAUACUGAGGAUAUGGAUCAGAAGUUCACAGGAAAUAAAGGAUCCUUAGUUUAUGCAGGCAUCAAAUCUAUCGUGAAAACAUCCAUGGGAACCACUGAGAACCUCAGACAUAGCAGGGGCGGAUCUGAUAGACAAGCCGAUAUUAUUCAAUAUCUGAGUGAGGAGAGAUCAUUAGCUUUGCAGCUUUGUGGGUGGAUAAAAAAGGGCACAGAUCUGGAUGUGGAGCCCUUUCUGAACUCUCUGGAACAAGAACGAGACUGGGAACGAGCCGCUGCUGUAGCACUAUUCAACUUGGACAUACGGCGAGCAAUACAGAUACUGAACAAAGGAGCUUCUUCUGGAAAAGGUGACCUCAAUCUCAAUGUAGUGGCCAUGGCAUUAUCAGGCUAUACAGAUGAAAAGAAUUCCUUGUGGAGGGAAAUGUGCAGCACUCUAAGGUUACAGCUUAACAACCCUUAUCUGUGUGCCAUGUUUGCUUUUCUGACAAGUGAAUCAGGUUCAUACGAUGGUGUUUUGUAUGAAAGUAACGUAGCUGUACGAGACAGAGUGGCAUUUGCUUGUAAAUUUCUGACUGAUGCUCAGUUGAAUAGGUUCAUUGAAAAACUAACAAAUGAAAUGAAAGAAGCUGGAAACCUGGAAGGAAUCCUACUGACAGGACUAACAAAGGAUGGAGUGGACUUAAUGGAAAGUUAUGUUGAUAGAACUGGCGAUGUCCAGACAGCAAGCUAUUGUAUGUUACAGGGUUCUCCCUCUGAUAUACUGAAAGAUGAGCGGGUUCAAUAUUGGAUUGAAAACUACCGGAAUCUAUUGGAUGCUUGGAGGUUUUGGCAUAAGCGAGCAGAAUUUGAUAUCCAUCGAAGUAAGCUGGAUCCCAGUUCAAAACCUUUAGCACAGGUAUUCGUAAGUUGCAAUUUUUGUGGAAAAUCCAUCUCCUACAGCUGUUCCGCCAUACCUCAUCAGGGUCGAGGGUUUAGUCAGUAUGGCGUGAGUGGAUCCCCAACCAAGUCAAAGGUCACCAGCUGUCCUGGUUGCCGCAAGCCCCUUCCUCGCUGUGCACUUUGCCUGAUAAAUAUGGGAACUCCAGUUUCCAGCUGCCCAGGAGGAUCAAAGUCAGAUGAAAAGGUGGAUCUCAGCAAAGACAAGAAAUUAGCUCAGUUCAACAACUGGUUUACUUGGUGCCACAACUGUAGGCAUGGUGGUCAUGCCGGACACAUGCUUAGCUGGUUCAGGGACCAUACUGAAUGCCCUGUUUCGGCAUGUUCAUGUAAAUGUAUGCAGCUGGAUACAACAGGGAAUCUUAUCCCAGCGGAGAUGGUCCAGCCAUAAAACAUUAGAGCUUGAAGAAGGACCUUCAAAGCCAGGGGCUCUUUCGAAUAGGUGUCCUUCACAGCCCAAACACAUACCUCAGAACAAGUCACUCAUGACUUGCUGGUAAUAGAAAAAUAAAUCAUUCUAUCACAUCAAGCAAUUUGAUGUGUGGAUGGUUUUCAUGUGCUUUGCAUAGCCAGGUAUUGCUGGACUGAGUCUUCAACUGUGUCAUGUGGACUCUGCUCAGUGGGUUGUGAAGUAGUUCAUUUCAGAGGCAUUUGUAGAGAAUUCAUUGAAAUGCAAAGCACCCUUUAGGAAGACUUUCAGUAUCACAUCAGCCAGAUCUUGAGCCUUCCAUCGGAUGAGCCAGUGCUGUGUACUGCGUUCCAUAGACUCCAGGAAACUUCAAAAGACACUGUUGAAAGAUGUUCUUGGCAAGACAAGUGUCCUGAGUCAUGCUGUAGAUUUAUUGUAUACAAAUGUUUCCAUCAGCAUUUUUUCUAGCUUAGAUAUUUAGAAUAAUUUUAAUGUACCCUUCCACAGUUUGCUCACAUUGGAGUGCUGUUUCUGUGGCACUUCUAAGACAAUCUUCAGGUGAGUUGAGAUCUUUUUCAAUUUGAAUAUGUAGAUACCAAGGUUCCAGUUUAAUAUAUGCUUUUAUGAGGCAUCCAAAGUUGUUAUAAGCAGAGAUAAAAGUUCUCAAUCAAUUGUUAAUUAGUGGGUUCUACACACGGCAGCUUAGUGACAUGUCUUGAGUGAAUAUCCAGCAUUUGAAAUACCAGGGCUUACCUGUAUUCUUAAAGCAUUAAAGCACACAUCCAAAUUUUGCUUCGGCUCAAAGGCAUUCAUUUCAGUCAGAAAAUGUCAGUGCUGUAUAAUGUGCAAUCACUAGCCUGAGACAUUGCAGUUAAGGUUGAUUGUUUGGGGUAGCACUAGAUGUCACCUGCCUUCAUUGGGGCAGUACCUGUUUGUAACAAACUUAAAGAACCACUUUUCCAAAAUAAGAGUUCUGGUUUAAAGUCUGAGACAAUAAGCUGGAGUUCUGGGGUGUAGUAGUAUGUCUUUACUAGAAAAAUACAGGAAGCAAGAAAAACACAGAAGAUGGCAACAUACCAGCUGGUGAUAUAGUGUGUUGUAAUUUACAUGUAUGGAUUUCUACUGUUAGCAACAAGGCAAAGCAUGCCAUUCGUACUUUUUAAUAGACAACUAGAAACUUGAAUUUCUUUUGCACAUUUUCGAUGCAAUUUCAUGAUUGUUUGGGAUAUAUUAUAGCUGCCUAACUGUGACAAUCGUUUAUUUUUAGUUUCCAAUAUAAGGGCUUGGAUCCAAAUAAUUGUGUGUAGUAUUUUGUGUAUUUUCUUUCCCCCAUCAGUCUCGUGCACCUCCUGCAAAGCCGCUCCUGAAGGCUGUGGAGACCUUCUGAAUGACAGGCAAUGCAGGGUGGGGCCUACAGCUGGGGGAAGUUAGAAAUUGGUCAAACACACAAUGUCCUGUGUGUCACAAAGUGCCUUCCACUGUGCAAAGGGCACUUUGGAUCCAAGUCAUAGUAUUUGUACACAGACAUGUUUUGAAAGGGGGUGGGGGAAGGAAUCCUUAUUGAAAACAGAAACUUAUUUCUAUGUGCUCAGCUAUGGUGACCUGUAUUGUAUUGCCUCAAGGACUACUUCCAGUCAGAAUUGCAUUUUUAAUUGAAUUUAUGAGAUGCAUGUCACAAUACCCAAGUUGUUACUGUGGUUUUUUUUUUGUAACAUUGACAAAAUCAUUUACUUUAAGGAUUAGGUUUCUAGAAUUAAGCCACUAAGAGCAAUUUAUAGACAUUAUUUUUGUGUCCUUAUAUUUGAAGUAUUAAAAGAGUAUGGAUAUUAA